AUGGCGGACCAAGAUGCAAGUUUGGAUUCUUCUUCAAUAACUUCUAUUUCCGCAGACGAGGCCGCGUUAUACGAUCGACAAAUUCGAUUAUGGGGUUUAGACGCUCAAAAAAGGUUGCGUGCUUCAAAAGUUCUUCUUGUUGGUGUUAAUGGACUCGGUGCUGAAAUUUGUAAGAAUAUUGUGCUCUGUGGGGUAAAAUCUUUGAUGUUACUUGAUGAUCAAGAAGUAACAACCCAAGAUUUCACAGCUCAGUUUUUGAUCCCUAGAACGGAUAUUGGAAAAAAUCGUGCAGAGGCCAGCCUUCCCAGAGCACAAAGACUAAAUCCAAUGGUGGAAAUAAAAUUUGAUGUCGAGCCUGUCAUGAAGAAAUCUAGUGAAUAUUUUGAACAAUUUGAUGUUGUCAUUUUGACUGGAUGUGUUCUGGAAGUUAUGAUUCAUGUAAACUCAAUUUGCCAUGAGAAGAAGAUCAAAUUUUAUGCUGGUGAUGUGUUGGGGUUUUUUGGAUACGCAUUCUGUGAUUUAGUGGAGCAUAAAUAUGUUGAAGAGCAGAGAACAUCCACUGGAAUAAAUCUUACUGUAAGUGAUGGUCCACCUGCUGAGAAAAAACCAAAACAAGAAGAAAUUGAAACCAUCAUUGUUGAAAAGUUUUUAGAGUUCAACUCGCUAAAAGAUGCUUUGGAUACAUCUUGGGUCAAAGAUCAGAAACCAAAGGCUUUAAAAAAGAUAUCAAUUGUUUAUUUUAUAUUUCAAGUCUUACUAAAAUUUCAAGAGAAGCAUGGGCGAAACCCGCAAAGUUCGACUUCCAAGCAAGACCUGGAUGAUCUUGUUCAGAUAAAAAAUGAAGUUUUUGAAUCUUUAGAUAUAAGUGAUGUUCUUGUUUUAGAGAAUUUUGCAAGUCAAUGUUUAGGGACGUUAAGUCCAACAAGUGCAAUUCUAGGGGGAAUACUGGCACAGGAUGUCAUCAAGGCCCUAUCAGGAAAAGAUGCACCUAUCAAUAAUUUUGUUUUCUUUGAUGGACGAACUGGUGAAGGCAUGGUGGAAUGCAUGCCAAUAAGAAGUUGAGAUAACAAAAGAUGAGAACAUAUCUUUUUAUAUUUGUAUAUUUAUUGUAUAGAUUUAGAGCACAUA